CCACCGAGCGUUGGGUUAACGCUCGCCUCACGACGCGCUCGCCAGUACGAUUCUCCGUUCUCACUCGGGAGGAUCGUCAUGUCGAAUAAAAUCUCGAGAAAGUCUCGGAUAUUUCAUUCUCAUGAGCUAAAUUCUUGUCCACUUUCGUGCAAUACUUAAGCGUUUUAUUGCUCGGAUAAUAGUUAUAAACAUAAGACUCUGAAUCGAAGAAUCUUCGAUUUUAAUCGUAAUCGAACAGCGAACAAGUGAAGUUAUAGAGCGGGAAUACGUGAUCGAAGAAAACAGUGCAAUUAUUCUAGUGACUACGGUGUUCCAAGGAUUUGGAAAGCUUUGUAUCUCGUGAUUGGAUAAACGAUCGAUAAAGUUUAUUUUUCAACGAGAAUAUCAAUUUCUGUGACAAACGACUCUCGUGCUUGCGUUAACUAACACUUCUUGUGAGUUCGAUGAUACACAUCAACAAAAAUAUCACCAUGAGGUCGUGAUCUCUCAGUUUCGAACUCAAAUCUUCCGAGAGGAAGAAUUUCCGUUUGACAGGUGAUUUCGUGAAAGAUUCGGUGAACCCUAGCCUGAUCAUGAAAUCCGCCAGUGAUUCCGUACGUUUUGUGAUACUUUUCCUUGGAACAAUUAUUACCAUUUUGUUUCUUGCGGGAAAUGUUAGUGGAGCUCCUGCCCAUUCGAACGUUCCGAAUGCGGAUCAGUGCGAUUGGAGUGGAAGUGGGGGCGGUGGGAAAGGGGUGAGACCCGUUUAUCUACGAUGCUCACGCGGAGCCGUUGAGUGGCGUUAUCCACGCGGUGCUCUGCGCGUCGUUCUGUCGGGAGGGAGUGAAGGACGGAGUUUUCGCAGUUGCGUUAAAAUCUCCGGGCCGGCUCGGGUUUACCUUGAGGGCAAGAAUACUUUGAGGCCAAUUUACUCGCCAGGCGACGGAAAACACGAGACUCUCCAUCGCUGUUUCGACUCGAGGGGACAAUUGGCCGCCCUCUACGUUGAAGCGGAUGAAACUGCUCAUGGCCGUUCGACCGUUACAUUGAGAUACGAUCUUGAACUUGCGACACGAAAAGUCAAAGAACACAAUGGAAUUUCCGGCGGUCGAGAGAGCUUCGCCGAACGUGACGAAGAAGUCGAAUGUCGACCUUGCUCCAAGGAGGAACUCGCCGAAGCCUAUUGCAAAAGUGACCUUGUAGCGAGAGGAACAGUCAGCGCCGUUGAAAGACGGCCCGAUCUCGAAGCUGCCGAACUCGUACUUAGGGUCACCAAAACAUUGAGACGCGUCGAAGAAAAUGAGGACAAUGAAGUGGACUCAGCGGAUUUACGAUACCAGAGGGAAGUUCGAGUUCGUGUACCGACAGCCUGUGAUGCCCGACACGGUCAAGGCGAAUUUGUGAUAAUGGCGAGGAGGAAGCUCGGCGAUCUUGCGCUCGCGUGUGCCCCGAGGCUCGAGGCGUGGGCGGAAGCUGUACGCGAACUCAAGAGCGCACCCUGCUUUUUGCGAAGUUAGCGCUUCUCUUAUGUCCGAUAAAUGAGUCAGCGAAUAUGCAGCACCAGCAUUUUGUAAAUACGUAUAUUACAUAUAUAUUUUUAUAGAUAUAUGUGUAAUAUAGUUCAGUGGAAAAUCAAAUUUUUAGAGCUCCCAGCACAAUUUUUCGAGUUUGCUUUGUUGCAAGGUUAAAUUAGCAUUUUGGCGUGACUGAAUCGAGCGAGGAUUCUUGGCUGGCCUGGAAGCCCCUCUGAUUUUAAUUAUUUUGAGAACUUUGUGAACUGUUGAUAAUGGAAAUUUCUGAAGUAUUUGAAAGUUCGGAAAAGGCUAUGCAAACGAUGCCCAUUUUUGGUUCCUUUCAUUUAAGGAAGAACAACGAACGUCAGUUUUUUUUCUUUCAUUGAAAAAAAAAACUUUGUCUUCUCAUAAUUUUUCUGCACGGUGCCCUUUUAUCAAUUUGGCUCUCCACUGUUUAUAUGAACAAAAAAAAACGAAUAUAUACAUAUAUAUUUUUGAGCAUAAAUGUACAUAUAGAGCGCGUACUUCGAGCGUAAGAUACCGAUCUCCGAACUGUGAUAUUAUUGUGUUAUAAGAGGUUCAUUAUGAAAUGGUGUGUUUUUUUCCAUUAUAUUUCUCUUGAAAGCGUCGGCGACGCGGAUGGAAUAAAAAAUGAUGAGAUUUUUGGAGAAA